AUGGCUGAUAAUCAAAUCAAGGCGCCAGCUCUUGCUGCCAUUCUUUUGUUCUCUUUCGCAGGCGGAUUUCUUCAACUACAAGGAAUAUUGGCCACAAAGAUUACGGUACAAAACAAGUGCGUCCAAACACUAUGGAUAUCCAGCAACAGCAACCAGCAGAGAACGCCUCGCCUCGACCCCGAUGACACCGACUUUGUCUUAAACUCCGGCGAUCAGAAACUCAUUUCCCCUCCACCGGGAUGGGCCGCUCAUAUCUGGGCCCGAACCCGAUGCCUCCUUCGGCCCGACACCCAGCUCGUCUGUGCCACCGGCGACUGUAAAUCUGGCAGUCUAUACUGUGAUGGUGCCUUUCCCACUCCUCCUGUGACCUUCAUUGAUUUCAUGCUUGGCGGCGGUGCUGGAAACGACACUUACGACGUCAGCCUCAUCGCCGGAUUUAAUGUUCCGGUGACUGUAGCCCCCACCGCGAGCGAGUGCAGCUUGGCGUCCUGCGACUUUGAUAUUAACAGCGUAUGUCCGCAGAAAUAUCAGGUUUUGGCCGCAGACGGAAGGGCGGCAGUGGCUUGUAGGUCGGCUUGUGAAGUGAUGAAGGAUGAGGAAGGAUGCUGCGCCUAUGAUGUGGGCAAGCGGGAAGUGAAGUGUACAAGGAUGGCUUAUAAGGAGAUGUUGAAGGUGAAGUGCCCUAAAGCGAUGGUAUAUGCUGAUGACGGAAGUGAUUGGUUUCGUUGUGGUCAUGGUUCGGAUUAUAUUGUCACUUUUUGUCCUGAAUGA